GUUUCCUCGAGGUUAAUAUAUGGAAUACCAUCUAAUUAGAAAGUGUUAUUAAGUAAGCUAUUCACAAUUGGAUCAUCAACAUUUAAAAUUGAUUCAAGAUGUAAUCAAUGUCAUGAUAAUGAAAUCAAAGUAAUAAUCAAUUAAUCUGAUCCCAUUCGUAUAAUUCGUAAUAAAUUUGGUACUAAAAUAGAAACUGUAAAAACUCAAUCUGUAAAAAUUUAUAACCAGCAAAUAUGGUCUCAACAUUUUACAGUUUAAAAUAAGGUGGACUACGUACCAAAAUAAAGAUCACUAUCGAAAUCAAAAGUAUAUAACACGACUAAUUCCAUACUAUUAAUAAACUACACAAUUAUGUCAGAGGAAAAUAAGAUUACCACAGGAGAAGAUGUUGAAAAUACAUCAGAUAAUGAGUUGUCCAAAGAAGAAAGAUUGGAAUUGGCUCGUAAGAAGUUUGAAGAAUUGAAGAAAAAGAAGAAGGGUAAGAAAUCAAAAAAGACUAAGAAAGAUGAAGAAGCUACUAAUGAAGACGGUGAUGAUGCUGAAAGUCGAGAACAAACUCCAGCUGUUGAAGAUACACCUGAUGUUGAAGGUGAUGCUAAGGAAGAUGAUACAGUUGAAGAAUCUAAACCAGAAGAAGUGAAAGAAGAACAGCCAAAAGAGACACCUGCUGAAGUUGUUGAACAGCCAAAACAAAUAAUACUGGAACCAGUAUCAACAUCCACAUCCACAUCAGACGAAGAAGUUAAAGCACUCAAAGAUACCAUUGAACAACAAAAGAAUACUAUUAAGAAAUUAAGAGAUGAAAAUACUGAUUUAAAAUUACUUAAAAUGGACCUUAAUGAUAAAAUAUCAGAAUUACAAAAAGAAGUUAAAUUAUUACAAGGAUCAGGAGGUUCAACCGGUACAAGUAGUACCAACUAUAUCCCAAAUCCAGUAUUAUCUCCAGCCAAACCAAUUGUACCUGCUAAACCAGUAUAUACUCAAAAUGAUUAUGCUACAUUAUCACAACAGAACUUUGCUAAAUUCAAUCAUACUGAAGAUUUUAGAGAAAAAUUAAUGGUUUGGAAAAGUUGGCAAGUGGAUAUGACUAAUUGGAGUCAAACUCAAAAGGUAGCUCUUUAAAUAAUAAAUCUUUUAUUAUCUAUAUUUAAGUAAAUAAA